AUGUCUAUUUUCCAAGGAUUUCCUGAUUUGCCUGGCCCAAACGAAACUGCUUUUUGCAAAAUAAAUGAAGUGUAUUGUUGCGGAAACGUCCGCCACGGAGAUGUAUCUGCAUUUACAAAUACGACAAAUCAUCACCCAAAAAUCAAUGUAACAAGAGAUCUACAUCAUCAUAGAUUGUCCGAUGAAAAUAUAUCUAUGUACAUAAACGUUGAAGACAAGUUUCUCAAGAAAAUAUCAAGUGUUUGGUACAAUCAAGGUUUCUUAGAAGCUCUUAGUAUAGCUGCAGAUCCUAGCAUAAAUACUGAAAGUAAAUUACUAGCUGUUGCAGCAACAUAUGCUUUAAAAGUUGCAAAUGCAUUUUCAACAUUUAGAUACUUCCUUCAACCUCAUUUAAAAGAUAUUGGACCAAAAAUUGUGUCUAAAUACUCUAGAACUCGUAGCUGGGGUGCAUCAUCCGUGAAAUGUAUGGCAUGGCAUCCACAUACAACUAAAAUUGCUAUAGCUACAGCUGAUGAUGGGGUGAGAAUCUAUAGUUCUGAUGUUUCAUUUGUAUCAACACUAAAGUGCAAAUCACAAGGACAUGUCUCCUCCUUAAGCUGGAGACCUUACUCAGCUUCAGAGAUAGCUGUAGGUUGUGAGCAAGGAGUGAUAGUGUGGACUGUAGACCCUAAUUCUAUGUUUACAAAGCCUUCAUCAAGUAAUGCAGUAGUUUUAAAAAGGUCUGGCCACAGUCCAGUUACUGAUGUUAGCUGGUCACCAAAUGGAGACCUUUUAAUUAGCUGUUGUGGUGCCGACACUUCUAUGCUGGUAUGGGAUGUUGCCAUGGAAACUGCUGUGCCAUUGAGGAGGGUUGCAGGGGGUGGAAUAGUGUUUGCAAGAUGGUCACUUAGUGCUAAUAAAAUAUUUGCUGCUACUUCAUCUAUUAUUUUUAGAGUGUGGGAUACAAAGUCAUGGACGCCUGAGCGUUGGUGUGCGCGGGGAUGCCGCGUCGUCGCCGCCUGCUGGGGCCCUAAUGAUGUUGUGAUGUUUGCAGCAAAAGGAGAACCAGUUGUGUAUGCUUUAAGAAAUAUUGGAUUAUUAAAUGGAGCAAAAGACAGCAAAGCACAACCAGUCUUAGAUGUUACAAAAGUGGAACUAGUGUCAGGAUAUACCAUUGGGGGACCCAUACUUGAUAUGUGCUGGGAUCCAUCAGGGAAAUACCUUGCCCUACUGUUUGAAGAGUCCCACAUAAUAGCUGUGUUUUGUACUACACAGAUGAUGAUGCAACUGAAUGUGUCACCAUGUUGCUAUAUCAGUGGAAUCGAUAAUGAAGUUCCAUCAACAAUAGCAUUCCAGCAAAACUUCACUGAGGGUGCUUGUCUUACUAUUGCAUGGUCAAGCGGUAGAGUCCAACAUUUUCCAAUAGUUUACACAGAUUCGUAUUAA